GAAUACGUUUUAUUAUCCUUUUAUAAAUGCUACACCUACAUCAUUUGAUACCAUCUUCACAGGCCUCACCCAACUCACAAGAAUAGCUGAGAAAAUGGGCCAGGAUCAUAUAAUAGUUACUGCUGAUCUCGCCAUAUAUAGCAAAGCGCAAGAAAUUUUGUGGAACAACCCUCCGGAAUUAGCUAACAAAAUCACAAUGCAACUAGGAGGAAUGCAUUUAACAAUGGCAUUCAUCGCUAGCAUUGGACAUAUUUUUGGAGAUGGUGGUUUGAUAAAUAUUCUGGUGGAAUCUGGAGUGUAUGCCGAAGGAACCUGCCGACAAAUGCUUCAAGGUAAACAGUUGAAUCGUGCUCUGAGAGGUAUAACCCUAGUUUCAGAUGUCUUAAGUCGACUGUUCUUCAAAGCCCUGAAUGCUUGGAUGAUAGAAAAAAAAAUGCCUUCUCUAGAUGACUCCACAAGGGAGAGACUAUUGAAUUUAGAAACAAUCAUUAAUAUAUCAUCUCCACCAAGUGAAAUUAAAACACUAGUAAAUAGUUUCUUGAAUGACUCGGAUUGGCCAGGUGUAAUGGAAGAGUUCAUCGAAUUCGGUUGUCAACAGUCAGCUACAUUCAAAUAUUGGUGGUCUUUCAUCGAUGCUGCAAAUAUUCUACUGAAAUUACAAAGGGCUGAAAGGAAUGCUGACUUUUCAUUACAUCUUGAAGCGGUUAAAGAAACUCUAACGUAUUUGAAAGCAGGUGGUCGGAAUAAUUACGCUAAAUAUACACCCAUAUAUUUAUUAGAUAUGGAAAAUUUGAAAAUAAAACAUCCUCAGAUAUACCAGUUUCUUGAAGAUGGAAAUUUCGCUGUACGAAGAACUGAUGGGAGGAAUUUCAAUGCUGUUGCUUCAGAUAUGGCUUUAGAGCAAACGGUUAACAAAGACUGUAAAAGUUCUGGAGGCGUUAUUGGAUUUACUCAAAGUGAACAGACUUUGAGUAGAUGGCUGAUCACUAGACAUUUGAUGGGAGAAUAUGCAAAUAAAACCAAAGAACUCAUAACUCAUAAAAUGAAAUCAUGCAGAAGUUAUGGAUCAACAGAAAGAAUUAGGGAAGAAGAAGACGUCAAAAAAAUGGAAACUCUAAUCGAGGAAACUUGGAUUAACCCUUUCGACCCAUCACAUUUUUCCACAGAUCUAAUUCAUAUUGCCACAGGAAAAAUUGCCUCUGCAGAAGUGAGAAAUUCGUUGUCUAAUUUCAAGGAAAAGGCAAAUUCGUCGAACGAAAAAUUUGCGAAGGAUAGAUUGACAUUCGAUAAUGUAGUGAGUUUUUGGCAACCCGUUCCUCGAGAUAAUUUGAAAGCAUUUGGAAAUGAUACUGUGGGUUAUAAAAAAACUGGGAAACAAAAUUAUGUAAACUCCGAUUUUAUGUUCCGUAGAGUACUCUGUGCAGCUCAGUAUAAGGACAUGGAUUUCGCAGAUAUCAUGAGUUAUGAAUUAACUGCUGUUCCUGUCUCUAUUUUCCAUGAAGAUGGAACAAUGAGAAAAACUGCUAAAUCCGAUCUUGCAACUAAAUUCGAAACAUAUGGUCCGACUAUGUUCGAAUCACCUUCAGAAAUUGAUUCCUAUUUCAUUGAUGGUAUGAUACUUCUACAAGAAAUGAAUCCAAAGUCAUUCAGAACAUUCCAGGAAUUAGGUGAAGUACUGAUGAACAAAAUGAUUCGAAUAUUCAAAGAACAUCGGACAUGUCGAACUAUUUCUAUUAUAUUCGAUCGAUAUGAUUUAGAGAACUCAAUAAAGAGCAGCGAACGUAUUAGAAGAGGACAGCAUAAAAUUGGUACCUAUUCCAUAAAUGGAUCAAGAAAUGUACCUAAUUAUAAUAUAUUUCUAAAGUCAACUUCGAAUAAAAUGUCCCUUAUAAAGUUCGUUACCAAAUAUUUCAUCGAAUCUCACUUACGACUACCUACCAAUAAUGAGAUUAUUAUUGCUGGAGGAUUGGAGGAUGCACAAAUAUGUGUGAAGAUACAUCAUUCUGGAACAACAGAAGAACCCCAUUUGAGAUGCAAUCAUGAAGAAGCUGAUACCCGUUUGAUUUUACACAUUUCCACUCAGCGUAACAGUAAAAUAAUAAUAAAGUCAGAUGACACGGAUGUCUUCGUUCUUCUUUUGUAUUAUUAUUGGAAUGAUGAUAAUGUUAGAUCCAAUACCAUAUACAUGGAGAAGGGCCAUGGUACAGCUUACACAAAUAGAAGGAGAUUUGUUGCAAUCCACGAUGUAGCAAGGACUCUGAAAAAACGUACUUGCGAUGGAUUACCUGCAUUCCAUGUUUUAACAGGAUGUGAUACAACCAGUUCGUUUUUCAAGAUUGGGAAAAAAUCAGCAUGGGAUAUAUAUCUGAAAAAAAAAGGAGAACUUAUGUCUGGAUCAGUUUGGAAUGGAAAAUUUUGAGAAAAGUGAGGAAAUUGCUAGAAAGUUUGUCCUUUACUUAUACAAACAAGAGAAUUGCCAAGAUCUCAACCAGGCCAGGCUAAUUCUAUCGAAAAAUUCAAAAAAAUCUGCCAAAGAGAUUCCACCUACUGAAGAUGCCUUCAAUCUUCAUGUCAAAAGGUGCUAUUACCAAAUAUCAAUGUGGAUAAACAGUCACGUAGGUUUGUAUGAUCAGCAAGACCCGAAAGAAUUUGGUUGGCAGAAAGAAGAGGGCCACAAUUACUUACUCCCAAAACUAAUGUGUUUGCCUCAAAUACCAGAUAAUGUGAGGAAAAUUAUAGAUUUACACUGCAAUGAUGCAAAAUGCAUUCAAAGCAAAUGUAUAUGCAAGAAAGAAGGAAUGUUCUGCACUGAUGAAUGCAAGUGCAGAAAAUCUUGUUCUAAUAUUGAAGAAGAACAUGUAGAAAUUGAUGAAGCUGAAACCUUCUUCGAAAUGUGA